GAUUAGAUGUUAGGUGCCACAUUUAUCGCUGUACUUUCUGGGUGUGUUGAUACACUGCUUAUAUCAGUUUUAUUAGUAGACGUUAACAUUAUCGGCAAUGGAGGAAAAUAAAUAAAGAAUAAUGUUGAGCAAAAGAACAACAACAAAAGAUAAUGUUACGGAAACGCACGAAGAUUCCCGAAUGCACGUGGCGUGUAUCCACACGAUUGUAUAAAAAAAAAAAAUUAUAAGUCUUCUAACCAAUUAAAAAACAUUUUACUGCGGAAGAUGGUUUAGGAGGAGAAAACAUGGCAGCCGCCUCAGUGCUUCCGACGUAUCAACGAUAUGUCAACGGUGUUCCUGUUCCACAGAGCCGUAAAACAUUACGGCUUAGAGAAAAAUACAUUAUCCUUUUAGUUUUUGUGACAUUUUUUAUCGUUUGUUUUGGUGCGUUCUUCUUUCUUCCCGAUUUGCGGGAUCGUGUCACAAUGAAUGAAAUGAGGAGACAUUUUCGUGACGCUGGAAAUGUUAUGUUUUUUCCCCAAGCUCACGUAGAUGGGCAUCUGAAGGCCAACGGGAAGGUAAUCAGACAUGACGAUGCGUUUGAUCCUCAUAAAAUAGAUGACAAAGUACGACUACACGAAAAAAUUGAAGUCGACUGGCAGCAACAAAAAUUGAACGAAGCUUUAGAAAAACGUUUGAAUGAACACCCCGAUGAAAUUAAAAAGUGGAAAGACGAAGUGCAGGCAGCAAAGGAAAAAGUAUUACAGAAGCAAAAAGAAGAAGAAGAAAAGCGCAAGGCAGAGGAGAAAAAGAAAGCUCUUGUAGUUGAACAGGAUCAUGAGGGUCACCCAGGAGCUGGAGGGGGUGAGCCAGGUGAUCCAGAAACAAAAAUACGCAGAGAUAAAGUGAAGGAGAUGAUGAAACAUGCAUGGGAUAACUACGUGAAAUAUGCGUGGGGUGGUAAUGAACUGAAGCCAAUUUCACAACGUAGUCACAGUGCCAGCGUGUUUGGAAGCCAAGCCCUUGGUGCAACCAUAGUUGAUGCUGUGGACACACUCAAAAUUAUGGGUAUGGAGGAUGAGUACAAGAAAGCUAGGGAUUGGAUAGCUACUAGUCUGUCUUUUGACCAGUCAUCCGAAAUGUCGGUAUUUGAGACAAAUAUCCGCUUUGUUGGAGGUUUGCUUGCUGCAUAUGCAUUGACUGGCGAUCAGAUGUUCAAGAACAAGGCGAAACAAGUGGCUGACAAACUGUUGCCGGCAUUCAACACACCCACUGGUAUUCCAAUGUCGAUGGUCAACAUUAGAACUGGCAGCAGUCGUAACUGGGGCUGGGCUUCUGGCGGAUGUUCCAUUCUGUCCGAAUUCGGUUCCAUGCACCUGGAAUUUGUUUACUUGUCUCACGUAACUGGUGACCCUGUUUACAAGGAAAAGGUGAUGAAAAUUCGAGAUUUUAUUAAGCAGAUGGACAAGCCCCAGGGACUGUACCCAAAUUACCUACACCCUCGUACAGGAAAAUGGGGUCAACACGCCGUGUCUAUGGGUGCUCUGGGUGACAGUUUUUACGAGUAUCUGCUGAAAGGCUGGCUGCAGUCUGGAAAGAAAGACAAGGUGGCCAGGGAAAUGUACGAUCACGCUAUCAAGGGUAUGGAGGAGCGGGUCAUACAGACUUCAGCUGGGGGUCUCAAGUACUUCGCCGAGUUCAAGUCUGGUCGCAUCGAGCACAAGAUGGACCAUCUCGCCUGUUUUUCAGGUGGAAUGCUGGCACUAGGUGCGGAGGGUUCUAACGACAAGCAGAAAUAUCUUAAUCUUGGGGCCGAGAUCAGCAAGACAUGUCAUGAGUCAUACGAUAGAUCUGCUACUAAACUUGGCCCUGAAGCUUUUCGUUUUGAUGGGAAUACUGAAGCGAAGGCAAUGCGACAGAAUGAGAAGUACUACAUCCUCCGGCCGGAAGUGAUAGAGACUCAUUUCUACAUGUGGAGACUGACGAAGGACAAGAAGUACCGCGACUGGGCCUGGGAAGCUGUGCAGGCCCUGGAGAAGAAUUGCCGCGUUGCAGGGGGAUUCACCGGAAUUCGAGACGUCUAUCAGACACAUCCUCCCCAGGACGAUGUCCAACAGAGCUUUUUCCUUGCUGAGACAUUAAAAUAUUUAUACCUGAUAUUUUCUGACGAUGACCUGCUGCCCUUUGAUAAGUGGGUCUUCAACACGGAGGCCCAUCCACUGCCCGUUAUAGAGUCGAAAACGACUUAGUGGGACAAUCGUCACCUCCAUUGCUGUCUGUCCACAUUGUUAUUAAGCCAGUUGUGAUAAGUGCAAGUGAUUUGGGCACGAGUGUGAGAAUGGGUCGACAUUUUAAUUGCUCAGUUGUUUAGGGUUUUUGCCUUUUCUCAGAUAUGACAGUUUUUGCACUGAAUGUGUGUGUGUCUUCCUGGAACAUAUUUUUAACUCUUUUGUUUGUUUGUUUGUUUGUUUGUGGACAUGCUGCUACUGAUGAUUGUACAGUGUAUUAAGAAACAGCAUGUCCACUAGGAGCCGAGUGGUCGUAUCUUGAAGUAAAUUUUGUCUUACUUUGUCACCCGAGUUAUCCAUUGUCCUAAUGCAGGCCUCAUUAUUCUGGGGAGCCUUUAGUCAUGACUGAAAGGUCAGUCUUAUUAUAUAUUAAUUGUGUAAAAAUACCCAUCACACUUACUUGGCUGGUAAUGUUUCUAGUCAUAUAUUAACCUGCCAUCUUUUAAUGUGCAUAUCCUUACCCCAACACACACACGGGCUAGUCCUAAGAUCCCAGUAGCAUCUAGAUUACACAGGGUUCGUACGCGCCUGGAAAACCCUUGAAAACCCUUAAAAAUAAACUAAUGUAUUCCAGUGCUUGAAUACCCUUGAAAAUCAUCUUGCGGUCUGGAAAACCCUUGAAAAUUAUAAUUUGAUGUCAAAUAAAAUAUAAACGCCUAAAACGGAGGCUUUAUUUACUUUAUUUAACAUGUAAUAAAAUUAUUUUUUUCAUUUCCGCGGCACAAUCAAAUGCCAAUCGUCCGGCCAAUCGAUGUUUACCGGCUCAGUAGACGUGUGAAUGUUUGUUGUUGUUUUUUAUCUUGCGAUGCGAGGAUUACGCGGUCACGAGAUCCAAGCGACAGCGUCGCCAUAUUGGAAAAGAAAGUUUGUCACUUUUUGCCGCUGGGUAUUUAGCAAGUUCAGGGAGCGUGUCAAGUUAAUGAAUCUAUUGUAAACCCACAAAGAUGGUUGGCACUUGCGUGUUUAACGACCUGUGAAAACUCGGUAAGGUCCUGGAAUUUUGAUAAAGUUGACCUGGAAAGUGCUUGAAAAACCCUUGAAUUUUGACUUCCUUUAAGUGUAUGAACCCUGAUUACAAGACAAAAUGAAGAGAUACAUGUAGUCACAUGACCAGAAGCAGUAGACACAACACAGGAAUUGAGCAGUUUGAUUGGUUGUUGGGAUGUUCGGACCAGCCUAUGGGUAGGGGUGGGGGGACAGGAAUGCAAUUUGUGAGAAGUUAAAUUUAAUAUUCAUAAAAGGAGAAAAUUAUCAAAAUGCUGAAGUAGCAGUAUGAUUUGCCGUCCCAACCUACUUAGCGUUAAAGUGAACUCCCAACCUACUUAGUGUUAAAGUGAACUCCCAACAUGCUUAACGUUAAAGUGAACUCUCAACGUGCUUUGUGUUAAAGUCAACUCCCAACUUAGUGGUGGAGUAGUUGGAGUAUAUCUUACUAUUUAUUGCUACGAUUUAUCAUUGUUGGCAUUUUGGAGAUAGCAUCAUGCACUGCAUUAUUUUUAACACAAUUUUGUUCAUGUUCCAUUUUUUUUAACUUUAUGACUGCAUAAUACUGUAUGUAACUUUUCUCUCAUCAGUUCACAAUUCCACAAUUCCACAAUUCUUUAAUUACCAAAUGACACUAAAUUUAUGAGUCUCUGUUCAAAACUAAAACCGAUACAAAUGACUGCAAGGCCAUUGUGUGUAAAAAGCUGACGUUUGGUUUUUAUGCAUUAGCCCAAAUAUUGAAAAGCCAGCUUGGGAAACUAUUUGGGUUCAGCACCUUUGAAUACACUGAAGUUUGUAGAAAACACACCAGUCACAUGCACCAUGAUGCACACCUACGUAAUGGACUGCCACUAACAUUAAGUAUUGAUGUAAAGGACUAGCACACUGAAUGGUUUCUAAUGAACAGUGUGACUUCUUUUAAAUAUGUUGUUAAAAUUAGGGUGUGAGUGAUGUUAUUACAGUGUACAUAAAGUUGUUUCAUUAUUUUGAAAAUAGGUUUCACAACUGCCAUGCAUACUUACAAUAUUACACAUGUAUACACUGCAAAUAAGUUUAUGUUUAGUGUAUCAGUUAGAGCUGAGCAGUAUGCCAUAUAUACCGUUCGAUAUCGGUAUCAUGUUGGUACAAAUUUACAGUACCGAGCCAAUCUCAAAAUACCAAAUUUUUGGUAUUGAAAAAUGUUUUACGCCAUAUAGUAAAGCACUAACAAUAUAUCUGAUGAACACAAAACAGCUGAAAAGAAAAGAGAUGAGGACCUUUUGUAUGGAAUUUAAUUUUAUUUAUUUACCGACACCGAUACCGAACCUGAAAUUUCAAUACCACCCUGCUCUAGUAUCAGUUAAGUCUAAACCCUGUGAUCCUUGUUGCAAUAUUUCUAUUACGCAUAUCACAUGUUCUGUGUUAGGAUUUUUCACUGGUGUUUUUUGGUAACUGAAGCAAAACUUGCACUUGCUAUAAUCUUGGUACGGUUAAGAAUAAAAUAUUUGCAGAUUUCUCAUUUCGGUUUCCUCCUCCAUAUUUGUGUAAUUUCCCUACAAAACAAAGAUGUACUCUUUAAUUUUUAUUAACUGUUUUAACAGUAAUUCAGGUGGUGAGAUCUUGUCAGUUUUUCAUAGCUUCAAAUAUUUUAAUAUAUGUGGAAUAGUUGAUCGGUUAUGAUAUUACAUUUGCAUACAGUGCUACAUUAUAUACUCAUUUUAACUUGAAUGUUCAUGUUGUAUAUUGACAAAUAGGUUUGUUUAGUAGGGUUUUUGUUGUUGUUGGUUUUUCCCCAACAGUUACAUGUGUAUGCCUAACAAGCAAACAUUACUUAAAAUGCGACGUCAGUACAAAACAUUAUUCAAUUCUAUUCUGAUGGGUGUCUUUUGAUUAGCUGUAAGGGUGGGUAUCCAUUUACUGGUGAUACAUAAAGAAUACCUGGUUACUGUCUUAAGAUAUCGGCUUUAUCCUGCAACGGUUAGGAUAGUGAAUGCUGCAAGGCACUGCCGGGCAUCGGUCACCAUUCCACCUGAGUAGGAUAAAAACAAUAUUUAAUAUAUAAAUAUAUAUAUAUAAACCAUCACUGCUGCAACUGGAUCAAGAAAAACGCUUCCUAUACCAAUGCAUGUAUAUACUGUAGUGUUUGCAGGAUAACUAAUAUUUUUUUAAGAUUUCAACUGAUCUAAAUGUGCAACAUAAAACGUUAUGUGGGGACCAACAAAAUUAUUUUACAAUGGGACUUUGAUACCUUGAAAAUAAAUUUAAUAAGUGAGGUAUAUGUGGAGGCAAUUAUUUAAUAAUCAGUGUAAUUUUUCUGAAUAUUUAUUGUAUGUGUAAAUAGGUCUGCAUUGUAUAAUAGAGCUUGUCAACUUAUUUAUUUAGCUAGACAUUUUCAUCCUCUCAUCUACAAAGUGAGAUACAUGUGUUUUUCAGUAGUGGACACAGCAUCAGUUUUUGUGUUUGGUUCCAUGUUAAGUUUUUGCAUACGGCACCAUUUCUCACAAAUCAUGCAGGCUUCAUUUAAAAAACCCACAGAUUCUGUUUGGAUUUCCACACAUUUUAUUUGGUGCAAAUCCACAAGAUUCAAUUAUUUUCAUAGACUGUUUACAAUGUAACAUAUGUGUCCAUUUCAGAAUUUGAAUAAAUAAUAUAAUCAUUGUCUGGACAUUAGGGAUCACAUUUACAAAGCCUGUUUAUGACUUACACGCGUGUAACUACAUACAUUUACAAUACUUAAACACCUACGUGUAAGAAAAACAGGCUUCAUAGAUUCGGCCCUGAAUGUUAUGAAGUCACUAACUGCCUGGGUUUUUUAUAAAAUUGAAUUAUCAUGACUUCAUUUAUGGGGAUGUUAUGGAAAUCAGAUUUCCUUUGAAUAACUAGCCCUGCUGGAGAUGUCUAUCAGUGUGCAUGUUUAAUUUAAGCUUUCAGUAUGUAGUGAGCUGAACAUUGUGGGCGUGAAUACGAGUGAAGUCAAAUCAGCUGUUGUCUAAUUCUCAUUGUCUCACCUUCAGUACUUUACAAUAACAGUGAUGACAGGCGUCAACUUUUGUAUUAUAGUUUCAAAUUAAAGUUUUGUAUUAAAGUUUUGUAUUCAAGUUUCAUAUUCAAGUUUCAUAUUAAAGUUUUAUAUUGAGAUCCGUUUCUCACAAUCUGUAAGUCCUAGGUCAAUUAAACUUGAUUUAUAAUUGUGUCAUCACAGUAUACUAAAAACAUUCAUGGUGGGCGAGAUAUUUAAUUCCGCGGAAUUCUUGUUAUAUUAUGAUCUGCUUGAUUAGGCUCUAAUCAUUUGUGGAAACCCUGUUGAGAAGUGCUGUGUUAAAGUGCAUUGUAAAUAAUCUGGUAACAUUCUCAGUGUGUUUACUGCUACACGGUUAGAUUUUAAAAACAUUUUACUUUCUGUGUCGUGCGUGUAACUUGAGAAUAAUCAAAUUGUCUGACACAGGAUUGUUUUAGGUUUAAUAGAUGUACAUUUAAAUGUUUGAAACUUUUAUGCAGUUGUAUUUGUUCAGUGUGUAUAUGAAUUCCUGUAAAUACUGUGUACAUAUUUGUUAAUUAGUUUGGUGAUUUGAUACAUAUUUAUCUAAGUGUAACUUUAUUAUUUCUGUAGUUUUUUCACCUCAUGAAUGCAUAUACUGAUUGCAUAUUAUUUAUUAUUAAUAUUGUGACCUGUCGGUCUCCUUUUCUUACUGUGUCUCUUUAAUGAUGGAGCAAGUCAUUAGAGCAGUAUUAUGUAACAUUUCAUCACAACUUGUCUAUAUGUCACAUCUCUGAACUGUUACGUGUAACGUGGGGCAUGUUUGGAACAUGCAUGUCAACAUUGUCGAGAAUGGGGCUCUAAGAAUACAAAAGGAUUAAUUGCAGAUUUUAUGAUAACUGCCAAAAAACAGUAAUAAACCUCAACUACUUUGAACGUUUCUACUGUGACAUUUUUAUACCUGAAAAAAAUAUACUUAGAGUUAUUUGUUUUAAUUUGUUAGUUACAUUUCGGCAUCACUCACUUCUGGUUGCAUGUUCAUGCAUUCUGGGGUUGUUGUUGUUGUUUUCUUUUAAUAAAUACAAUACAUCCAGGACUAGCUCUGUGGGUGAACAGAAAAUUUUUCCCAAUUAUCUAAUAUACUUCUUAAAAUUUGCGAUUGGUGAUUUGACGAGUGCCAGAGCUAGCCCUGAUAUGUAUUAUUUCAAAUUCAUGUGAAUUAGCUCUUCUCUUUUGUUAUGUAUGUAGUUUUAAAUGUGACACAAAAUGAACGUACAAUAGGUGCUGGAAGGUGUCAACAGCUGCAGUGGAGUAAACUAAUUCACUUUUUAGAUGGGACUAAAAAAUGUUUAGGAAUUUAGGAGGCGGGGCAGUGCAGUGCACGUUUCUUACAAUAUCAGACGAAAUUAUUCAUCUGCAAAGCAGUUUCAAUUUUGAGGUGAGCUAUACCAAUUUUGAAUACUCUAAUUCCCUGAAACUGAAACUAUUUUAUUGUCCCUUCAAGGCCGAAUUAUCGAAAUUUCAAUGUAUGUUUUACGUUUAGUUGCACUUAGGCUUACGAUCAUUUGUGAAAUUGGCUCGAGAACAAAAACAAUGCAGCUUGUUAAAACGUCUGCACUAAAAUGUAGCCUUUGACAUGUUUUCCUCUUUCUAGGCACAGCCUAGUUUUUUGAUUUUCAAACUAAUUAAUUGAUAAAAUGACUUUUUUAAAUGCAUUAUUUGAAUACACAAUCAUUAUAAUGCACAUUGGCGUACAGGGUCAUAUUUUUGUAUGGGGGGGGGGGGGGCGCAGGCUGAUUUUUGCCUGAAUUAAACGAAUAUCUACAAAUCUGGAUAACAACAUUUAUUCACAUUAACAUUGCUGCCAAACAGCUAUAUAGGGUUGCAAAUGAAUCGUCACACAUUUUCACAUCGAUUACAUCUAAUAUUGUGGGUAGAAUGAUGGAAAUACAUGGUUUAAAGUAUUCAGGCCAGCACAUUUUGCCCAUAUUUUAAAAAUCUUUUUGGCCUGAAUUUGGAAUUUUCUCUUGGACUAAACACACACACAAGCACACUGCCACAUUUUACUGCUCAUUUUCAUGUGUGUACAACGAAAUCAAGGUUUAUAUGUUCAAAUUGUACCAUACAUCAUCACUGAAUGAAUUGUAGUUACUAACUUAAUGUUGCUGUAUCUAUUGUAAUUACUGACUUAAUGUCGCUGAAUCUAUUGUAAUUACUGACUUAAUGUUGCUGAAUCUAUUGUAAUUACUGACUUAAUGUCGCUGAAUCUAUUGUAAUUACUGACUUAAUGUCGCUGAAUGUAUUGUAAUUACUAACUUAAUGUCGCUGAAUCUAUUGUAAUUACUGACUUAAUGUUGCUGAAUCUGUUGUAAUUACUGACUUAAUGUCACUGAAUGCAUUGUAAUUAAUAACUUAAUGUCGCUGAAUCUAUUGUAAUUACUGACUUAAUGUUGUUGAAUCUAUUGUAAUUACUGACUUAAUGUCGCUGAAUUUAUUGUUAGUGUAAUCUAGUUACUAUUUUGUUUAAAGAAUAAUAAUAAUAAAUAAUAAUAAUAAAUAAAAAUAGUAAUAAAAAUAAUAAAUAAUAAUGAUGUUCCCUCAAACUCUGUCCUUUUGAAUUUGAUGAGAUUGUUAAAAGGGAGAUAACUGUAAUGAGUAAAAUCCAGUCAGUCGGCGAAGUUAAAGUGAAUCCAUGUUAUCGAAGAACAAAUUAAAAAAGUUUGUCAUCAUGCUGUUGCUUUGUUUUUCUUUCCUUCUGAUAAUCAAGUCAUAAUUUUGAUGAAUUAAGCUUCAUUAAUGUCAUAUUAAUAUUAAUUUAAACAUUAAUUAACUAAUUAAUUGAAUUUUCUACCUUUGAGUUCAGAGUUGGGGGCACAUUUUGGUAAAAGAGAAGAUAGUUGUAAGUAAUUUGGUAAAAUACAAACUUUUUAAAUAUAGUCUUGAAAACAGAAAGUUAUUUUUUUUUUAAAUUAUAAAGUUUUAUUUGUAAACAGAGAAAACUCAUUGUUAUUUUGUUGUCUUAAUAAAUUAUGAAUAACACCCACAGCUGAAAUGAUAGGAUGAUUAUUGUGGUACAUUGUCCUGUCUUAUAGCUUUAUGUAUUUCUAUUAGAUAAGUUUGCAACUGCCAAUGUAGGUUUAUUAGAAGGUAACAGAUCCUAUAUAAAUCAAUAUUUACUGGUGAAGCAAAUGGUAUUGUCAAGACUGGCAAAAAAAGUACAGUACAGGGGAAUAUCUCUUGCAGCAAUAUUUCGAAGGGCUUGAUCGUUUUAGUACAUUGAUUCAAAAGCGGAGGAAUUAAGUAUUGUAGUUGAUAUUUUUAAGAUGAUAUUAACAUUAUUAAUAGCAGUGAUAAGAAAAUAAAUUUAAAAGGAGUAAAAUAAUUGUAUUAUUUUCUAACUCUUAUAAUGUCUUUGAACCAUAGAUGUGCAAGUUUGUUGAACUUCACUAGUUUUAUUUCCAAAGUUGUGUUAUUCAAAUUUACAAACUAUAGUUAUGGUGAGGCAGAUUACAGUACUGUCACCUAGACAAGCCAAAGUAUUUUCUAUACAAUGUAUUCUCUAGACAAGCCAAAUCAUAGCUACUAGUUGAAAGUAUAGAUUAUCGAAAGAAGUGUAGGUAGUUCAGAGUAUGUAUGUGGUAAUUUCCGUUGCUGAUAUAUUAGUUAAAGAUAGUAUUAUGUGUAAUAAUAAUAUCACAAAUGUGAGACUACAUUCAUCUUGUCGGAUGCCAUGUUAUCAAAGAACUAAUUAAAAACAGAAUCUCAUCCAUAACGUUUGUUUAUUUCCUUCAGUUCUGCCAGUCAUACAAGGAUCACAAACUUGUGCAAGUUAUUAUGGAGUCUCAUCCGGGAUAGAUGAUCGGAUUCUAAGGUGCAGCAACUAAUUGUGAUUGUGAUAUUUUAACAUGGGAGACUUGAUAGUCCAGAAAGAUGGAGCUACCAGAGAGUGAUGAUCAAUUCGAAGCGGGGACCCUGAUAUCUUUUACAUAUUUUAACUUGAUAGUCCAGAAAGAUGGAGCUACCAGAGAGAGAUGAUCAAUUCGAAGCGGGGACCCUGAUAUCUUUUACAUAUUUUAACUUGAUAGUCCAGAAAGAUGGAGCUACCAGAGAGAGAUGAUCAGUUCGAAGCGGGGACCCUGAUAUCUUAACAUAUUUUAACUUGAUAGUCCAGAAAGAUGGAGCUACCAGAGAGUGAUGAUCAAUUCGAAGCGGGGACCCUGAUAUCUUUUACAUAUUUUAACUUGAUAGUCCAGAAAGAUGGAGCUACCAGAGAGUGAUGAUCAGUUCGAAGCGGGGACCCUGAUAUCUUAACAUAUUUUAACUUGAUAGUCCAGAAAGAUGGAGCUACCAGAGAGUGAUGAUCAAUUCGAAGCGGGGACCCUGAUAUCUUAACAUAUUUUAACUUGAUAGUCCAGAAAGAUGGAGCUACCAGAGAGAGAUGAUCAAUUCGAAGCGGGGACCCUGAUAUCUUAACAUAUUUUAACUUGAUAGUCCAGAAAGAUGGAGCUACCAGAGAGUGAUGAUCAAUUCGAAGCGGGGACCCUGAUAUCUUUUACAUAUUUUAACUUGAUAGUCCAGAAAGAUGGAGCUACCAGAGAGUGAUGAUCAGUUCGAAGCGGGGACCCUGAUAUCUUAACAUAUUUUAACUUGAUAGUCCAGAAAGAUGGAGCUACCAGAGAGUGAUGAUCAAUUCGAAGCGGGGACCCUGAUAUCUUAACAUAUUUUAACUUGAUAGUCCAGAAAGAUGGAGCUACCAGAGAGAGAUGAUCAAUUCGAAGCGGGGACCCUGAUAUCUUAACAUAUUUUAACUUGAUAGUCCAGAAAGAUGGAGCUACCAGAGAGUGAUGAUCAAUUCGAAGCGGGGACCCUGAUAUCUUUUACAUAUUUUAACUUGAUAGUCCAGAAAGAUGGAGCUACCAGAGAGUGAUGAUCAGUUCGAAGCGGGGACCCUGAUAUCUUAACAUAUUUUAACUUGAUAGUCCAGAAAGAUGGAGCUACCAGAGAGUGAUGAUCAAUUCGAAGCGGGGACCCUGAUAUCUUAACAUAUUUUAACUUGAUAGUCCAGAAAGAUGGAGCUACCAGAGAGAGAUGAUCAAUUCGAAGCGGGGACCCUGAUAUCUUAACAUAUUUUAACUUGAUAGUCCAGAAAGAUGGAGCUACCAGAGAGAGAUGAUCAAUUCGAAGCGGGGACCCUGAUAUCUUAACAUAUUUUAACUUGAUAGUCCAGAAAGAUGGAGCUACCAGAGAGAGAUGAUCAAUUCGAAGCGGGGACCCUGAUAUCUUAACAUAUUUUAACUUGAUAGUCCAGAAAGAUGGAGCUACCAGAGAGAGAUGAUCAAUUCGAAGCGGGGACCCUGAUAUCUUUUACAUAUUUUAACUUGAUAGUCCAGAAAGAUGGAGCUACCAGAGAGUGAUGAUCAAUUCGAAGCGGGGACCCUGAUAUCUUAACAUAUUUUAACUUGAUAGUCCAGAAAGAUGGAGCUACCAGAGAGUGAUGAUCAGUUCGAAGCGGGGACCCUGAUAUCUUAACAUAUUUUAACUUGAUAGUCCAGAAAGAUGGAGCUACCAGAGAGUGAUGAUCAAUUCGAAGCGGGGACCCUGAUAUCUUAACAUAUUUUAACUUGAUAGUCCAGAAAGAUGGAGCUACCAGAGAGAGAUGAUCAAUUCGAAGCGGGGACCCUGAUAUCUUAACAUAUUUUAACUUGAUAGUCCAGAAAGAUGGAGCUACCAGAGAGAGAUGAUCAAUUCGAAGCGGGGACCCUGAUAUCUUAACAUAUUUUAACUUGAUAGUCCAGAAAGAUGGAGCUACCAGAGAGAGAUGAUCAAUUCGAAGCGGGGACCCUGAUAUCUUUUACAUAUUUUAACUUGAUAGUCCAGAAAGAUGGAGCUACCAGAGAGAGAUGAUCAGUUCGAAGCGGGGACCCUGAUAUCUUAACAUAUUUUAACUUGAUAGUCCAGAAAGAUGGAGCUACCAGAGAGUGAUGAUCAGUUCGAAGUGAGGACCCUGAUAUCUUUUACAUAUUUUAACUUGAUAGUCCAGAAAGAUGGAGCUACCAGAGAGUGAUGAUCAGUUCGAAGCGGGGACCCUGAUAUCUUAACAUAUUUUAACUUGAUAGUCCAGAAAGAUGGAGCUACCAGAGAGUGAUGAUCAGUUCGAAGCGGGGACCCUGAUAUCUUAACAUAUUUUAACUUGAUAGUCCAGAAAGAUGGAGCUACCAGAGAGUGAUGAUCAGUUCGAAGUGAGGACCCUGAUAUCUUUUACAUAUUUUAACUUGAUAGUCCAGAAAGAUGGAGCUACCAGAGAGUGAUGAUCAGUUCGAAGCGGGGACCCUGAUAUCUUAACAUAUUUUAACUUGAUAGUCCAGAAAGAUGGAGCUACCAGAGAGUGAUGCUCAGUUCGAAGCGGGGACCCUGAUAUCUUAACAUAUUUUAACUUGAUAGUCCAGAAAGAUGGAGCUACCAGAGAGUGAUGAUCAGUUCGAAGCGGGGACCCUGAUAUCUUUUACAUAUUUUAACUUGAUAGUCCAGAAAGAUGGAGCUACCAGAGAGUGAUGAUCAAUUCGAAGCGGGGACCCUGAUAUCUUUUACAUAUUUUAACUUGAUAGUCCAGAAAGAUGGAGCUACCAGAGAGAGAUGAUCAGUUCGAAGCGGGGACCCUGAUAUCUUAACAUAUUUUAACUUGAUAGUCCAGAAAGAUGGAGCUACCAGAGAGUGAUGAUCAGUUCGAAGUGAGGACCCUGAUAUCUUUUACAUAUUUUAACUUGAUAGUCCAGAAAGAUCGAGCGACCAGAGAGUGAUGAUCAGUUCGAAGCGGGGACCCAGAUAUCUUAACAUAUUUUAACUUGAUAGUCCAGAAAGAUCGAGCGACCAGAGAGUGAUGAUCAAUUCGAAGUGGUAAAUAUUAAAUAGUACAUGAUAACAACUGUCGCUAAUAACAUAAAAUUAAAUACAAAAUAAUGCUGGAGUUGUACAUUAUCACAGAAUGUGCUUUAAUUUUUUAAAAUCAUAUAAUACUGGUGUUAAUGGCCUGGUGUUUGUGUCAUCAGCCAGUAAUGUGGGGGUUUUUGUUUGUGUGUUUGUUUUUUCACACAUGUGGCUAUGAUUAAUAGUUAGUGCAUGGUGGAGAUGUGUAAAACAACUACAACAACUCCCUCACAAACGACUUGACAUCUGUCUUGAGACCGGGGAGGAUGUCUCAGAUAGCUGAGUUAGUAAAUCAAACCUGAAUGUCAGGAAUUGAUUAUUACCUUAAUUGUGUCUGUGUGUAAACUCCAUUCAUCUCUGUUAACCGUUUUAAGAUUUUAAUGCGUAUUUUAGACCUACAUAUCUGUGUUGGAGAAAAUACUACAACUUGAAGAUUUAAAUCUUGUGUUAUGCAUUCAUCAUAUCCAAACUGACUGAACUACAUGAUUUGAUUUGUGUCCAUUUUAAAUUAUGUUACCAUGGUGAUGUUUAUCAACAAGGAGGGUGGAGUUGCAGUUUGUAUCUUUAAUUUUGGUCUACUUAUUGUGUCUUUCAUGUCAACACAAUGGUUGGUUAAUGGGAGUAAAGUCUUUAAUAAUAUUACAAUGUAUUUUGAUGAACAGUAGGUUAUUAACAAGUUUUACAUAACAAUGCCACACACACACCAACACACACCAAUUAAUAUAAUCAUGAGCGAAAUAAUCACAUACGUACAAACAUAAUUACUGUUAAUUUUUUAAUGUGAGUUCUAUUUAUUUAUUUAGUGUACAAGAGAAGGUUACGGGUUUUAUAUGUCAGAUGAUCAAACUUCGUAUGUUGUGGGUAUGCUGGUACGAGUGAGGUUUUGUAACUCUUUGUAUAGAUACUUGCUGUGUAUAGUGUUAGGGUUUAGUAUGCUUGGGACCCAGUUUCUAAAAAGGUUUCCAAGAAUGCAUUGUCCUAAGUUGCUGCCUCUAUUCUUUUAAUAAAUGUUUUGUUUAUAUGAGUAAACCCUGAUUUGACUCUUGAUAGACCAUACUACAAGUCAAAUGAGGUGACACAAUAUAUACAUAUAUGCUACACAGAGUAAUUAUAUACAUAUAGUUUGUAUGGAAAUGUGCAUUUUGUUUUCUUAUGUUGACAUGUGGUAAAAAAAAAAAAGAAGAUUAAAUGCUGUAUGUUUGUGAUAGUGACAUAAUUUUAUUGGACUAUAAUAAAAUGAUGGAAAAUCAAA